ACCUCUCUAAGUCCUAACCCAAAUCUCUCUCUCCGCAUAAUAAUAAUAAUAAUAAACCCAACCUUCGUUCACCCCUUCUCGCUUCCUCUCCCAUUUUCCUUCCUUCCUUCCCGUCUUUCCUCUCCAAAGGUGGCCUUUUUGCACCCACCUCUGCACUAUACACACAGAGAGAGAGAGAGAGAGGGAGACUGACUCUCCAAAAGCUUGACGUUCUCCCUCAGCAAAGGAGAGAGAGAGGCCUCACUCUUCUUCCGAUGGACAAGACUGAGAGAGAGACUCGCGACUUCAUGAACGUUGAGUCUUUCUCUCAGCUGCCCUUCAUCCGCCCGGCGCCUGUCAAAGAGAAGGGUAUCAAACUCUUCGGUAUAGAAUUCGGUGCUGAUGGUGCUGCCCCAAGCGCCUCCGACGAGCCCGACCAAACAAAGGUGGAGAACAUGAACUUGAGCGAGGAAGUCAAGGAUGUCAACAAUACCGAGAAUGGAGAGAGCGCGCGUAGGUUCGAAUGCCAUUACUGCUGUAGAAACUUCCCCACCUCGCAGGCACUGGGAGGACACCAAAACGCGCACAAGAGAGAGCGCCAGCACGCAAAGAGGGCUCACCUCCAGUCGGCCAUGGUCCAUGGCAGCCUCUCCGACGCCCACGUAUACGGUUUCAUGAAUUACAGGCUCGGCUCCGCCGCUACCAGCCCUUCACCUAUGACUAAUUAUCCCACAUGGAACACUAACAGCGGCAGUAACAGCAGGUUCUACGGGAGCCACGGGUCUUUCUCUCAUCAACAGCCGAUCAAUGGGAGCCCUCUGGCCCUAUGGCGGAUCCCAUCCUCCAUCCAAACUAACCCUGCUACCAUUAGUCGUGACCGUUCGUCGCUCCACCCCUUGCCAUUGUUUGCAGGAGACGAUUUGAUGAAGCCAUCAUCAGUACAGGCUGCUAGUAACGGUAACAGCUGUGACACUUCUUCCCAAGGCAGGUAUGUCUACGACGCAAAGCCAAGCAUGCAAGACCAUGUGAGCUUGGAUCUUCAUCUGUAGCUGUUCCCUUGACAACUCCCCCCCUCCCCUUCCAAUUAAAUAGAUUUAAUUUCUUUUUUUUAAAGAUUUUUCUCAUAAGCGUAUGUGCUGCAGCCGGUUUCUUAAUUAAUUGAGCAAGAUGAUGAGAAGGGAUCCUAAUUAUUCGGACAGUCAUUGGUUACUGUUAACCAUAACCGUCAUUAACUUUAUUAUUAUCGAUUACCAAUUAAUUAAUUAAAUUAAAUAUGUACAUGAAAUGAUAUCUCA